AUGCAGAUUGAAUACAAGACUGCCAAUGAGUCUGCAGCCAGUGGGGCAGAUCCGAGCUUGUCGAUUGAAGAAUACGUGCGACGCGAACGUGCUGUGGUCUGGAAACUGGAUUGUUUUAUUGCGCCGGUGAUGAUGCUGCUGAUGCUCAUUUCGUAUCUGGAUCGGGGUAAUAUAUGCAUCUCGAUUUUCUAUAUUUUCUAUGUGCUUGCCGAAUUCCCAACAUCUCUUCUCGUCAAACGUCUUCAAUACAACCGCGUCAUCCCCUGUAUCACUUUCUGCUGGGGUCUAGUAUGCAUGUGCACGGGCUUCGUACAAGGGUUCCCAUCUCUCGCGGUGACUCGGCUACUUCUAGGGUUUUUCGAGGGGUGUUUAUUCCCUUCGAUGACGCUAUUUCUCUGCGACUGGUACAAGCGAGAAGAAUUAGCGACUAGGAUAUCAUUCCUCUUUGUGGCUUCUGCGUUGUCUGGGGCAUUUGGUGGUCUGUUAGCUUACGCAAUAUUGUAUAUGGAUGGAGUGGCUGGGAUGAGUGGAUGGAGAUGGCUUUACAUAAUCGAAGGAAUUAUCACUCUCGGUUGGGCCGGGAUAUGUCUUUUCGUCGUCCCCAAAAACUAUGAAACGGCGUACUUCUUGAACGAGCAAGACAAAGUCAUAAUGCGAUGUCGUGCCGAGGCUACUGCUGCAUACAGCGGUGGACAAGGACACUACAAAUGGAAAGAUAUCAAAAUGGCUGCCAAGGAUGUUAAGAGUUGGAUACACGGCGUCAUCCAGAUUUGUGUCGUUACUAUUCUCUACGGCUUUGGUACCUUUCUUCCGAUUAUUCUGAAAGAUGGAUUCCACUACUCAACCAUCCAAGCUCAAUAUCUCGUUAUACCUGUGAAUCUCUGGGGUGCAAUCGUUUACGGUGUCGGGGCCGUCCUGUCAGACAAAUACAAAGCCCGAUUCCUAUCCCUCAUCAUCUCAGCUCCCUUCGGUAUCGCCGGUUACGCGAUUCUCGUCGCUAACAGCCGCCACACGAUGCAGCCUGGUAUACGGUAUUUCGCGACAUAUCUGAUUUCUACCGCAUGCUACCUUUGUACUGGUACCAAUAUCGCUUGGCUAUCUAGCAACUGCGCUCCCGAUGGGAAACGAGCUGCUAGUGUGGGUAUUUUGCUGACAUUGACGAAUAUCGGAGGCAUUGUUGCAGGACAGAUUUAUCAGACGAAUUCGGCCCCCGGGUUUGUGUUGGGGCACUCGUGGUCAUUGGGCUGUUUGGCGUUUGCGUGGUGUGGUUGGUGGGUCGUUCUGGGGAUUUAUAAACAGAGAGAAAGACAGAAGGAUAGGGCUUUGGCGGACGGAAAUGCUGAUGUUACUGGAGCGGAUUGGAGUGAUAGGGCGCCUGACUUCAGAUAUCAGUUUUAG